AUGCUGCGAGCAGUAUUUCCAGCUCUACAAAGCUUUGCAUCAGAUCAGCCACAUGACAUCGGCGAGAAACCGGCUUCCCUAGAUAGCGCCUCGAACCUCUCUCGCAACCAUUGGGUUUCCACCUCUGCUCAAGAACUCGGUACUUUCCUCAAACAAGGUCGUGCUCUGAACGCGCAUACACCGACUUUGCGGAUCUCCAAUACCUUUGAACGUUUCCAAGAUGCUGAAGCAGCUUUCCUUCGCUUCGCACAGCACCGCGAAGUGAGUUUGAUGUACCAGAAUUGGCAGAUUCUUGGCGGUAGUACCCCAGAGAUGACCGCUCAAGACUUUUGCAAGCGAUACGAAGAUCGCAUGUCAAAGGAGAAGCGCGCGACCUCCGACGAGUUUAGAAAUUUUUUGAGCAUCUCCGGAGCAGCUCUGGAGCACGUCGUACCAGGGCCAGACUUUCUUCGGGACCUUGGAUACAGCUUGCUCAAUGAUCUCAAGGUUCAGGUUCAUCUCGACGAACAAUCUCAGUUUGGACCAGCCGGAGGCAAAGAGACAAAGACGCGAACAAUCGACUGCGAGGCCUGCCUUCAGUUCGUGUUUUAUGGAGAGCGGUUUUCAUUCUCCGGGUGGCACCUGGAUGUACUAAAUGGAACGUGGCUGACAACCAUCACCGGCUUCCGUGCCUGGUUCAUAUAUACUGGACCAUGGACCGAGAAGGAACAGAAGGAACUAGAAACCUCGGGGGCACAGUGGAGACUAGCUGCUGAAUAG